UACGCACGUACGCUCGCACGGAGACGAGCGGGCGGGGGGGGGAAGGAGAGAUCCGAGGUGCCCCGCCCAGUCGGCGAGGUUGCGCGUGCCCCGUGCGACCGCCAAGAUGGUGGUGGGCGCGUUCCCUAUGGCGAAGCUGCUAUACCUGGGCAUCCGGCAGGUCAGCAAGCCGCUUGCCAACCGCAUUAAGGAGGCCGCCCGCCGAAGCGAGUUCUUCAAGACCUAUAUCUGCCUCCCGCCGGCUCAGCUGUACCACUGGGUGGAGAUGCGGACCAAGAUGCGCAUCAUGGGCUUCCGGGGCACAGUCAUCAAGCCGCUGAACGAGGAGGCGGCCGCCGAGCUGGGCGCCGAGCUGCUGGGCGAGGCCACCAUCUUCAUCGUGGGUGGCGGCUGCCUGGUGCUGGAGUACUGGCGCCACCAGGCGCACCAGCGUCACAAGGAGGAGGAGCAGCGCGCCGCUUGGGACGCGAUGCAGGACGAGGUGGGCCGCCUGGCGCUGGCGCUGGAGACCCUGCAGGCGCAGAUGCAGGCGGCGCCGGCGCACAGCGCCCUGGAGGAGCUGCAGGCGCAGAUGCGAGAGGUACGUGCCCAGCUCUGCGCUCAGGACCCGCCGUCCGUGGCCCAGGAGGCGUCCGCGGCCCAGGCAGCAUCUGCGUCCAAGCUCCAGGAGUCUGCUCAAGUCUGAACUUGGCCAUGGUUGCAUGUGCUCUGAUGUGGCCUUCUCCCCGUACUACCCCCGCCCGCGCUGGCCCAGCGGAAACCACCGGGAUCUUGAUGGAACUUGGAUUCAGUGAGCCCCUCCUGAGCCGCGGUACCUUCCACGGGGUGAGCCCCCGGCAGGUGAAGCCGUCCACGAAGCGCCCUCCACCCCUAGCUCAUCGGUUCAGAGCACAGUGCUCAGCGCCCCGCCGCGCCCCGCCCCACCCCAUAGCCCACCGACCUGUGAGGUCCCAGCCAGGAAGACAACAGGCUCACUCUUCUGCCAGCAGGGAAAACGGACUUGAGCUGAAUCAAGCUGUGACCCCACUCCCACCCCCAUUUCAGUGAUAAAUGUUACCCUUCCCUGGGACUCAUCCUUGUCACUGGAACACCCCCUUCCCUUUGUGACUUGGCACAGACCGUGUAAAGAAAUGCAGCAUGGUUCCGUGCGCUUCUGUCCUAGCAUCUAAGCUGGGCUCUAGCUGGGUUUCGCCACUCCCUUUGAGGGGAAAACAAGGGCGAGCCUGGCUUGCAGUUGAUCCUCUGAAUGUUCUGUUUUCCCCCUUAACCUGAUCUGUGGCACCUUACCGAGACCCCAAGUGGAGUAUUCCAACAGAUCCCCACCCCCCAGGCCUUCAGUCUGGCACAACCUACUGGGAUGUCUCUGCAGGGUCCUCUUUGGCGGUGCCCUCCCAGCACCCCUUCCGUGGUGGAAAAAUGGAUCCUGCCUAAGGCUAAAUCCAACCUGUCCUUCAGCCUCGGGCCCCUGUUUAGCUGUCUUCCAAGUCCCUGAGCCUUUCCUGACGUGCCCUCUUCUGUGGCCUCUCUCAGCGCACUGCCAUCAUGUUCCUCAUGUUCCAUCCAAAUCUGCUGACCUGUGUGCCCUUGCCCUUCUCCCCUGGGGCUCUGGACCGGUCCAUCCAUCCGCCUUCACACAGUGGUACCCUCUGCCUCCAGAGCCCUCGUCCCCACACCUCCAUCCCACUAGGCUAGGCCACCCGUUGGUCUUAACCUUUCUUAGUUUCCUAGGGCUACUGUAACAUGACCACAAACUGGAUAGCUUAAAACCACAGAAAUGUGUGCUCUCACAGUUCUGGAGGCCAGCAAUCCGAAAUCAGACUCUCAGCGGGGCCGUGCUCCGUCCAAGGGCCCUGGGGGAGGAUCCUUCCUAGCCUCUUCUAACUUCUGGUGACUUGAGGCGUUCCUUGGCUUGUGGCUGCAGAUCUCCAGUCCCUUCCUCCACCUUCAUGUGGACUUCUCUUGUGUCUCUUACAAAGGUACUUGUCUUUGGAUUUAGGGCCCACCCUGAACCUAGGGUGGUUUCACUUCAGGGUCCUUAACUUAUUUACAGAGUUGGGUUUUCUUUCCCAGAUAACUGUGUGGACAUACCUCUUAGGGGGCCACCACUCAACCCACUACACCUCCCCACCCCAAGGAGGACGCUGGGACUCUUCCCAACCCCACGGGACACGUGGCCUUCCCCACAGGGCUGAUAGGAACAAUCCAGGAACCGCCCUUUACUACCGGGCGUCUCUUCCGGGAAUCUCACUGAUGCAGGAGGGGUGUGGCUCCCACCAGUCUGCGUUCUGUUCUUCAGACCGGCUGUGUUGUGUUGCCUGAGUGAAAGACCCCCAGAGUGAGGAAGUCAUCUUCAGGAUCUGAGGACAUAGGGAUCUUCAAAAUGGGUACAAGUCUCGUUAAAAUUAGAGAAGCAAAUGUGUGUGAGUGGGCAGUGAUCCUAUGAACUCUUUCCCUCAUAGGGAAACUGAGGCCCAGGGAAAACAAAGGAACUUGCCCAAGUCCACAAAGCCCAUGAGGGACUGGCUGUCCAAGGUGGUGAAGUAAUCAGAGCAGAGUGGGGGUGGGGGCUCAGGGAAGGGGACGGAGAAGGGGUGCAGGGUGCUGGAGAGCACCGGUGCCAGAGGAAGAGGAAGGGGAGAGGGAGCAGGGAGGCAGUUAUUGGGGGGGAGGGGUGGUCAGGGAUCUACACAGGGGCCCAAGGCAUUUCCCAGAGGCAGCGUUGAGAACAGGGGGCCUUCAGUUUCCUGUCCGAGCAGCCCCAGACUCUUAGCACUUAAUGAACGGGGUCAGAGCCAAGAUCCAUUCUACCUGGGCCGGGUUCCAAGAAGCUGUAGGUGAAGCGGGAGGGGUAGGCUUUCUCUCGACUCUCCUCCCUCACCUCACUUCCAGGGGCCUAGAGGCUGGGGUCGGGACAGGCAGGGUGAUCUGGACACACCACCUACCCAGACAAAAGCCAAGAAACUGGGGUCCUGAAAGAUCAUCUUAAUUCCUUCUAGAAGAGGGGGAGAAGCUGAUUGUUGAGGGAGCUGAGGAGGUGGGUCCUGGGUGGAGGUGUCUGUAAAAUCGGAAGUGACCUGAGUGGAUAAACGAGAAGACAGUGAGAGAUAGCACUGGGUGGAAGGGUGAUGGACGGAGCCAGGUGAGCGGGCUCAGUGCCCAGGUUCCGUGGCUACUCCUAGGGGGUGCCCUGUCGCACUGACCCAUCUCUGGAGCACAGGUUGUUGGAGGCCAGUGACUGUGAUGUGCCCCCCCCAUCAUGUCCAUAAAUAGUGGCCCUUAACAGUAUUUUCUUCAUUUCAUUCAUGCGAAAAUUGAGGCACAGAAAAGGGGAGUCACCUGCCCAAGGAGACACAGGCAGGAAAGGACCAGGAGUGGGACCAGAAGAUGGACAGUCUGUACCAGGGCCCACACUCCAAACCCCUGUGCCAUCUUGACCCUGUUGUGGCAUUACUGUCACAUCUCCAAGACUCAGAACUCAGGCCUGCGUGUCCUUCCAUGUGGCCAGACCUUCUGGGAUGCAUCGGCUUCACCCACUGGGCAGGAUCAGGAUGUGUGGAAAUGCAAAGAAUCCCCUCUCAAAUGCACGAGGCUGAGACCGGAGAAUGAUUCGUUACUCUGGUUUCCUAUUAGCUAAAGUUUUGUAUACAUUUGCGACUUGGGGAGAGGGGUAGAAUAAAUUUAUAAACGAGGUUGGUUGUAUUCAA